AUGACCCAGAAGUGCUUCCCUAAUUGUUCUAUCUUGCGAAGACACCCUAUUCUUUUUAACCAACACGACGUAGAAACCAUCCAGAAAAUGUCACAAGUGCCAAUGCCUGAUGAGCAUAAGGUAAGACAACAAGGGGUCUACGAAUCCCUGCAUAGAGACAUAAUAGUGCAUUUUGGGAACUGGGAGUUCGACCCAAUGGAGAUUAAAAAUCCAUACCCUAACAAUGAGGCCUCUGUUCAUCUCUGGCAUGGUCAUGCAGGUAAACUUGUGCCAUAUGAAAUGCAGCGAUAUUUGGUGAAGAAGCUCCCCUGGAUUAGGUAUCAUGAGGUUUCUGAUGGAGGGCAUCUAAUGAUUCACGAGAGUGGUUUGUGUGAGGCUAUAUUCAGGGAACUCUUGCUUGGAGA